GACGUGUCCUACCGUACGUGCUUUUACGUUAACUAGAUAGGAUAGAGUGCACAUAUAUCUGACAUACACGGCAGAGGAAGACAGAUGCACCGUGACGUCAGAUGGCAGUCACUACAGAGACAAGAGCAAUCCUCCUCCUCUGCUUCUAUGGCUUCUUUAAGGAGAUGCGUCCAUCAGAGCCUUUCCUUACGCCGUACCUGAAGGGUCCUGAUAAGAAUCUAACCGAGGAGCAGGUUGAUAACCAGAUCUACCCUGUGUGGACGUACUCGUACCUGGCCUGUCUGCUGCUGGUCUUCCUGGUGACAGACUUCCUUCGAUACAAACCAGUCAUCAUCUUCGAGGGUCUGGCAUAUAUUGGAACAUGGGUUCUCCUGCUGUGGGGACAAGGAGUGCUGGCCAUGCAGUUCAUGCAGUUUGUGUACGGAGUGGCCACGGCAACAGAAAUAGCCUACUACUCCUACAUCUAUGUCAUCGUCUCCCACGAGCGCUACCAGAAAGUCACCAGCUACACUAGGAGUGUGGUUCUAGUGGGGAGGUGUGCUGCUGGGGUGGUGGGACAGGCUGUUGUAUCAGGAUUUAAAGAAGCUGGCUACUUCCCCCUGAACUACUUGUCUCUGGCCAGUGUGACAGUGGCUCUCUGUAUCUCCAUCUUUCUACCAAGUGCCAGAAAAAGCAUGUUCUUCCACAGGUACUCCCGACAACAGGAUGACAAUGAUUCUCCCCCAAGUCCAACAUCAGCAAAUGAAAAUGCUGCAAGUGAAGAGACCAUUCCUGAUAACACACCAGACAACACCAUAUCUGAGCCCACACCAUCACAGCUCCAGGCUUCUGACUUCAGUGAAGUUGCUACAGAAGUCAACACUUCUGGGUCAGGAAAAGACAACAUCAUCAUCCACACAUUGCGUAACUUGUGGACAGACUUCAAGUUGUGUUACGGGUCCCGACACCUGGUGCUGUGGUCACUGUGGUGGUCACUGGCCACCUGCGGCAGCUUCCAGGUGGGGAACUACAUCCAGAACCUGUGGGACAUCAUCAGCCCUGCCGCUAGUGGUGAGGUCUGGAACGGGGCAAUAGAGGCAGCUGCCACUCUCUUAGGGGCUGGUGUUUCUUUCUCCAUCGGGUUCAUCCAUGUGAACUGGAUUGUUGUUGGAGAGAUGACUCUUGGCAUUCUGUCAGCUCUGGAUGCCGUUCUGCUGGUUGUCAUGGCAAUAACAAACCAGAUCUGGGUCAACUACGUCUGUUACAUCAUCUUCAGGAUGUGCUACCAGUUCCUUAUUACCAUAGCAACAUUUCAGAUUGCCGAGAAGCUGACAAGGGAACGUUAUGCCCUGGUGUUUGGCUGUAACACAUUUGUGGCCCUCCUGCUCCAAACUAUUCUCACUGCAAUCCUGGUGGACAAGAAAGGACUGGAUGCAUCGGUCAGAACUCAGUUUAUCGUCUAUGGCGUGUACUUUGGUGUGAUAGCCACCAUCUUCCUGAUUGGCUCUGCAGUUUCACUGAGAAGACUUGGUUGGCAGGCAGUACGGACGAGAUGGAGACAUGUUGACAAUGAUAAUGAAUGAAUGAUAGACCUUUAUUGUACAUUUGAUAAAAAAUGAAUGCUCUUACAGGUCAAGGAGAUAAAGUAAAAUUACAUUGCAUCUUAUUACAUGUAGAACUUU